AUGAAGGGAAUUUCUCUCCGAAAUGGCAAUGGUAUUCCUUUCAUCUCUUUAUUUCCUACUUCAGAUUCUUGUUUUUCGCCAAUUAUAGUCAGAGUUUAUAGUAAUAAAUCCAUUUCGGUACUGAGUAAAUUUAGGGCAAAUAGCAAUUUUGAGUGUUUAGAUGAUGCUCUGAUUCUCUUUAAGCAAAUGGUUACAAUGAAGCCUCUUCCUUCUCUUGUCGAUUUUUCUAAAUUAUUUAAGACUAUCAUAAAUAUGAAGCAUUAUUCUGCUGUCCUUUCUCUUUUUCGAGAAAUGCAGAAAUUGGGUAUCCCAAUUAAUGGAGUCAUCUUGAAUAGUGUGAUUAACAGUUAUUCCCUGAUGCAUCGUGCUGAUUGUGGGUUUUCGGUGUUACCCAUUUACUUGAAGAAUGGUAUUUCAUUUGAUGUUGUCACCUUUACCGCCUUAAUUAGGGGAUUUUUCGCUGAAAAUAAGGUCAGAAAUGCUGUUGAAUUGUUCAAAAAAUUGGUGCAAGAAAAGAUUUGUGAACCUGAUGAAGUCAUGUAUGCAACCAUCAUGAAUGGGCUUAGUAAAAGAGGUCAUACGGAGAAGACUUUAAGUUUGCUCCGGUUAAUGGAACAAGGGAACACUAAGCCUGACAUAUUCAUCUACACCAUUGUUGUUGAUGCGCUUUGCAAAGAUAGAAACUUAGAUGGUGCUACAAGUCUUCUGAACGAAAUGAAGCAGAAAGGCAUUCCUCCAGACAUAGUCACGUAUAGUUCAUUGAUUGAUGGUUUGUGUAAGCUUGGUCAAUGGGAAAAGGUUAGGAUUUUGUUCUCUGAGAUGGUGAACCUUAAUAUUUAUCCAAAUGUGCGCACCUUCACUAUACUAACAGAUGGACUUUGCAAAGAAGGGAAAGUAGAAGACGCUGAGGAAGUAAUGAGACAAAUGGUCCGAAAAGGUGUAGAACCUAAUAUAAUUAUAUACACUGCGAUAAUGGACGGCUAUUGUUUGCGUGGUGAACUGGAUAGAGCGAAGAGAGUUUUUGAUUUCAUGAUAGAUAAUAAAAUUGAACCUGACAUUAUUUGCUAUAGUGUACUGAUAAAUGGAUACUGUAAAGUAAAACAAUUGGCCAAGGCCAUGCAAUUGUUUCAUGAAAUUUCUCAAAAGGGAUCAAAACCUGAUAUUUUUACCUACAAUAUCCUCUUGCAAGGUCUGUUUGAAGCUGGAAAAAUUGACUCUGCAAAAAAAUUCUUUGCUGAGAUGCUAUCAACGGGGCUUGUACCUGAUUUAUACACUCUCUGCACUUUGCUCAAUGGUUAUUUUAAAUAUGGACUUGUUGAAGAAGCUAUGUCGUUCUUUAAUAAGUUGGAAAGAGAGAUAGAAUAUACCAGUAUUGAAUUUUACAAUGUUGUCAUUAAUGGAUUGUGCAAAAAUGGUGAACUCGACAAAGCUCGUGUGAUAUUUGAGAAGCUUUCUUUAAUUGGAAUGCUUCCAAAUGUGAGAACAUACACUAUAAUGAUAAAUGGAUUUAGUCUUGAAGGGUUUUUGGAUGAAGCUAAAGAUAUGCUUAGGAAAAUGGAGGACAACGGUUGUAUGCCAAACAAUGCUACAUACAAUGUUUUUGUACGAGGAUACCUAAGGUGCAGCAAAAUUAAUGAAAUGGCAAUUUUUAUGAAGGAAAUGGUUAGAAAGGGCUUCUCAUGUGAUGCAGAUACAACUGAGUUACUGGUAAACAUUAUAAGGGAGAAUCCUUCUGUCCUUGACAUGAUACCUGAGUUUCGAUCUGAAUAUAAGAAGUGAAUAUUUCUUUCUCUUGCUUUAUUUGGCUUUACAUUCACAAUGAAAAGUGACGUCCAUGCAAUUACGGAAGAUAAAAAAAUGGCAAUUAGAACAUCACUUGAGCUUUCCAGGCAUGCUUAAGGCUUACAGAGGAGGGAUUAAUAUCGAGAUUUCCUCAAUCCUCUCAAGUGUUUUGCUACUAUAUCCAAAUAACUUUGACGAAAUUGUGCUAGAUGAGACAGGAUAUCUUGGUUGAAUUCUAUGCUCCAUGGUACUUUAAAUUGUCUCACAGCAAGUCGUUCACUUGAUUCGGGAAUUGAUCAGUAAGUUCUAUUUAGCUGGUCCUGGUAUAUCACCUAAGCUGUAACUUCUUAUUCAAUAAAAAGAAGUGCUA